AUGGUUCUGCAAUGGCGUGCGGCCCAAACCAGAUUCAACCAUCUUUCAGAAGAUGCCCUUCGACCUGGUCGCAAGGACAAUGCACAUGAGCUGUUCAAAGUGGAUAUCGAUGCUGCAGAUGAAGCUAAGUUUCGCGUUCCCCGCAACACCUCCAGUGCAAAGGCUUUAGAGGGCCUCUGGAGACCUCAGUUGCAUUUGCACGGAGCUCUGUUCUGGGGAGUUGCCGAAUGUUAUUGGAUCUUGGAGAGUGAUGUCCCCAAAGAUCCGGGAACGGAAGCAACCAUCUUUGCUUACGCCAUGGACACUGCCAUGGAGGAGUUGAAAAAGCGGGAUACCAGUCUUCCCCACCAUUGUGUGCUUGAGGCAGAAAUUUUCAGUUUAUGUUGA